UAAUUGCAAAGUGUACGAUAGAGUUACAAGUUACAACCUCACUUGAAUCACAAUAAUAAUACAAAUUCAAAUAAAUAAAUAAAAAUAAAAUAAAAUAAAAUUAAAAAACCAGAUCGAAAAUCGAAUCUAGCCCAAAACCGGAGAGAUGGCAUCCCACAGAAUUCCACCGUCGCCGUCCGUUUUCCCGCCAAAACCCCAGGGCGGCGCAAGCAGGCCUCCUCUUUCCCUCCGGCCAUGGUCUACUCGCUCCGCCUCCACAACUCUCCAAUGUCACAAGAUGUACGUCCCAGGGUUUGGGGAAGCCUCGCCGGAAGCCAAAGCAGCAAAACACCUUCACGACUUCUUCACCUACGUCGCCGUUAGAAUUGUGAUUGCGCAGCUUGAGAGCUAUAACGAAGAGGCGUAUGCAGAUAUGAUGAAAUUCAUGGAAAAUCACUCGGUCGACGACGGGGACAAGUUUUGCGCUGAUUUGAUGCGGGAAUCAUCAAAUCACAAAGCUCUAGCUUUGCGCAUAUUAGAGGUGCGAUCCGCGUAUUGCAAAACUGAUUUCGAAUGGGACAAUUUACAACGAUUGUCACAAAAGAUGGUGGAAGAUCGUAAUACAAAAGUGAUGAGGGAUUAUUUAUCGGAGACGACAAUGAAAAGUGAGAACUAAGUGAGAUCCCAUGUUUGUAUAUUUUUUGUGUUUGUUUCUCUGUCAUGUGCUUCAAUGUUAGGCUGCUGCUUAGUCAAAAUUCUAUUCGGAUUAUUGAUAGUUGAAAACAUGAAAAUAUUGAAGUUCAUGACAUGACUUGUAUAAUCGUGAUGAAAAAUGUAACAUAAUAAUUAGUUCAAAACAAAUGGAGAUGCUUCAUGAGGAGCAUGUGUGUUAUGAUUGGAUAA